UUGUUUCCUGGAAAAUAAACAUUCCCUCCUCCACGUCCGCAUCUCCUCCUCCUCCUCCUCGUCUGCUAUCUCUCUCUUUUCUCUCUGUUAAAUUCGACCCAACAUGCCAUUCUGCGAGGUCAGCUCGUUCCAGAACGGUUCAGAAGCUGCCCCUGGGGAUAAUGGAAUUAAGAUUUUCUACAGAACUUACGGGCGAGGUCCAACUAAAGUCCUCAUGAUCAUCGGAUUGGCGGGGACUCACACUUCAUGGGAACGGCAAAUCAGGACGCUCGCCGGUACCUUGACGCCCAAUGAUGAGGAAUCGCCGGCCGGCGAUCAAACCCCUAUCGCUAGUCACAAUGAGAGCCUUGGAGUGGAGGUUUGUGCCUUUGAUAAUCGUGGAAUGGGUCGCAGCUCCGUGCCCACCAAAAAGUCAGCUUACACAACGACUCUUAUGGCAAAAGAUGCGGUCGCUAUAAUGGAUUUUUUGGGUUGGGAAAAGGCCCAUGUAUUUGGACAUUCAAUGGGAGGUAUGAUUGCUUGCAAAAUGGCUGCUAUGGUCCCUGGCAGGGUAUUAUCACUGGCUUUACUAAAUGUGACGGGUGGAGGUUAUGAAUGCAUUCCAAAGCUAGAUCGUCAAACCUUGUCAAUUGCAAUCCGGUUUUUGAGGGCAAAAACUCCUCAGCAGAGGGCAGCUGUUGAUUUGGACACUCACUACUCAAAGGAAUAUCUUGAAGAGUAUGUUGGCACGCAAACCAGAAGAGCAAUUCUAUAUCAAGAAUAUGUUAAAGGUAUAUCAUCUACUGGCAUGCAGACCAAUUAUGGAUUUGAAGGUCAAAUAAAUGCAUGCUGGACGCAUAAGCUGACGCUUGCAGAGUUUGAAGCAAUCCGUGCGGCUGGAUUCCUAGUAUCAGUUAUCCAUGGAAGACAUGAUGUCAUUGCUCAAUUAUGCCAUGCAAAGAGGAUUGCUGAGAAAUUGUAUCCUUCUGCCCGAAUGGUAGAACUUCAUGGGGGACAUCUUGUCAGUCAUGAGAGGACUGAAGAGGUCAAUAAAGCUCUUCUUGAAUUGCUCAAGGCAUCAGAAGAAAAAUUAAGCACACAUGAUUGGACAAACUUGCCCCUGAAAAGCUCUGGGUGGAUAAAAUUUGGGAGAAUCAACUCUGAGGGAGGAGCUAGUUUGAGUUUCAUGGUUGACCUUGUAGGAAAGCUUCAUGCCUUCUUCUUGUACCUUUUUGGCCUCCUCGUGUUGGUAGCGGAGUACCUGAGAAGAUCUACAAGAAGUCUAAGACCGGCCAAAGUAGGACCUACCCUGACAUAGCUAAGAGAGGGCAUUUGAUUAUUUAUGAGCUUCUGGUAACGCGGCUUUUCACUAAAACAAGCAAAACUCGCCUAAUUUAUUUCUUGGUUAAUCUAAGAAGAUCACAAGGAGACAAAAAGUCGGCCUGGGUACCAACAAUGACCAUAGUCACAGUUUUGUUCGUGGAGUGCAGCAGGGAAGAGAAAAAUGAAACAGCCAAGUUUUAGGCAAGAUGAUUGUAAAGAUGGCAAGGCAAUCAUAAACUGGAUGCCUUGCAUUUUUUCUGUGCUCCUGUUUCAGUGACACCUCAAUCAAUGGUCAGGAAAUAUUACUUGUAACUGCAUGUCCAUUUUACCGUGUACCUGAUAUUAAUACAAAACUGUUGAUUCCUCGUC